CCUUUAGCUGGCGUCAUUUCAUUAAUUUCAAAGCUAAGAAUUUGUGAAAAUCUAGCUUAAGCGUUUUUAUGGUGUUUUUUUAGUUUAUUUAAUUUUAAUUUUAAAAAAGUUUUAUUGUAUAUUAUGUCAAAAAGGCGUAUUGAAGUUGGUGAAACUGUUCCAAAAAAGAAAAAGGAAGAAUUGAAUCAAGGAGCAUCAAUUGCAGCGGCACUAACAGCUUCAUAUGUUACUAACGCAAAUAUGGCGGCCCAAAAAUCUAAAUCAAUUAAUCCAUUUACUAAGCAACCAUAUAGCCAGAGAUACUACAAUUUAUUCAAGAAAAGGAUCACAUUGCCAGUAUUUGAGUAUCAAGCAGAUUUUAUGAGAUUAUUAAAUGAACAUAAAUGUAUAGUAUUAGUUGGUGAAACUGGUUCCGGAAAAACUACACAAAUUCCACAAUGGUGCGUUGAAUAUGCUUUAACCAAAGGUAAAAGGGGAGUGGCAUGUACUCAACCAAGACGAGUAGCUGCAAUGUCUGUUGCACAAAGAGUUUCUGAAGAAAUGGACGUUAUUUUGGGGCAAGAAGUUGGUUAUAGCAUUCGUUUUGAAGAUUGUACAUCUGCAAAAUCGAUAUUGAAGUAUAUGACGGACGGUAUGUUAUUGCGCGAAGGUAUGUCGGAUCCAAUGUUAGAGGCAUAUCAAGUAAUAUUAUUAGAUGAAGCUCACGAACGUACUUUAGCAACUGAUUUAUUAAUGGGUGUUCUAAAAGAAGUAAUCAAACAAAGAAAUGAUUUAAAACUUGUGGUCAUGUCAGCUACUUUGGAUGCUGGUAAAUUUCAACAAUAUUUUGAUAACGCGCCUCUCAUGAAUGUGCCAGGGCGAACACAUCCUGUUGAAAUAUUUUACACGCCCGAACCAGAAAGGGAUUAUUUGGAAGCAGCAAUACGAACGGUUAUUCAAAUUCAUAUGUGUGAGGAAAUUGAAGGUGAUAUCUUAAUGUUCCUAACUGGACAAGAAGAAAUUGAAGAAGCUUGCAAAAGAAUUAAACGUGAAGCUGAUAAUUUAGGUCCUGAAAUUGGUGAAUUAAAAUGUAUUCCAUUAUAUUCAACUUUGCCUCCAAAUUUACAACAAAGAAUUUUCGAACCUCCACCACCUAAUAAACCAAAUGGAGCGAUUGGUAGAAAAGUUGUUGUUUCAACCAAUAUAGCAGAAACGUCUUUAACUAUUGACGGUGUUGUGUUUGUAAUUGAUCCCGGUUUUGCAAAGCAAAAGGUUUACAAUCCUAGAAUUCGAGUUGAAAGUUUACUUGUUUCUCCUAUAAGUAAAGCAUCUGCACAACAAAGGGCUGGUCGUGCUGGACGUACAAAACCAGGAAAGUGUUUUCGCUUAUACACAGAAAAGGCGUACAAACACGAAAUGCAAGACAAUACUUAUCCAGAAAUUUUAAGAUCAAAUUUAGGAACUGUGGUUUUACAAUUAAAGAAACUUGGAAUUGAUGAUUUAGUGCAUUUUGAUUUCAUGGAUCCUCCAGCUCCGGAGACACUAAUGAGAGCUUUGGAAUUGUUGAAUUACCUUGCUGCUUUGGAUGAUGAUGGAAAUUUAACCGAUUUAGGAGCUGUGAUGUCAGAAUUUCCACUAGAUCCUCAACUUGCUAAAAUGUUGAUUGCCAGCUGCCAACACAACUGCUCAAAUGAAAUUCUCUCAAUUACUGCAAUGUUAUCGGUCUCACAGUGCUUUGUACGACCAAAUGAAGCUAAGAAGGCGGCAGAUGAGGCAAAGAUGCGAUUUGCACAUAUUGAUGGUGAUCAUUUAACAUUAUUGAAUGUAUAUCAUGCUUUUAAACAGAGUAAUGAGGAUCCCAAUUGGUGCUAUGAAAAUUUCAUCAAUUAUCGUUCUUUAAAAUCAGCCGAUAACGUAAGAACACAACUGUCCCGUAUCAUGGAGCGUUUCAAUUUGAAACGGACAAGUACAGAUUUCAAAUCGAAGGAUUAUUAUAUUAAUAUACGUAAAGCAUUGGUACAAGGAUUUUUCAUGCAAGUUGCUCAUUUAGAACGGACUGGGCAUUAUUUAACAAUAAAGGAUAAUCAAAAUGUUCAAUUACAUCCGUCAACUUGCUUAGAUCAUAAGCCCGAAUGGGUUAUGUAUAAUGAAUUUGUAUUAACCACAAAGAAUUAUAUCAGAACUGUAACUGAUGUUAAAGCUGAAUGGUUAUUAAAAAUAGCGCCACAAUAUUAUGAUAUGAAUAACUUCCCACAAUGUGAAGCUAAACGUCAAUUGGAAAUGUUUCAAGCUCGGCUAGAAUCGAAACAGUAUCAGCAAGGGUUUUAAGACUUGAAAUUAAUUUACAUUUAGUAUUUUGAAAUUUAUUAUUAAUCACUUGAAAUAGUUUUCACUCAGAAUAAUGAAAACUAAAAUAGCAUAUAAAAAUAUGUAUUUGAAGUAAUAUUACAAGGUAAUCCUUAAUAAUAACAAAGAAGAUUUUAAUUUUA